GCGUACGUUGCGUAUUAGGUUAGGUUUUGCGUUGUCGAAACUAUUUUAAUUUAGACGGCAUAGUUUAUAAAAAUGCCUGAAUUAGAGAAACGGAAAGCGGACGACUUUUCAGUCGUCCCAGCAAAAAAGACCCGACAUGAAAUAUCAGUGGUCGGUACAAGAGAAAAAGCUGUGGUUACUUCAUCGGUACCACGCACAUCAAAUCUCUAUGCGCCUAUUAUGUUGCUGGAGGGUCAUCUGGGAGAGAUAUUUACCACCAGAUUCCAUCCUGAAGGCAAACACUUAGCGUCCGGUGGAUUUGAUAGACAAAUCUUUGUAUGGAAUGUCUACGGGCAAUGCGAGAACAUAAUGGUGAUGAAAGGCCACACGGGCGCCAUAAUGGAGAUCAACUUCUCCCCGGACGGCUCACACUUGUACUCCUGUGCUACGGACAACACGGUGGCCGUGUGGGACGUCCCCACCGGCACUAGGAUUAAGAAACUGAAGGGGCAUGCUAACUUUGUUAACUCUGUGUCAGGAGCCCGACGCGGCCCUGAGCUCCUCGUCUCCGCCUCAGACGACAACACCAUCAAGCUAUGGGAUGCCAGAAAAAGAAACCCCAUAGCAUCCUUCGACAGCGAGUACCCGGUCACAGCGGUCCUUUUCAAUGACACAGCCGAGAAGAUCAUAUCGGGAGGCAUUGAUAAUGUCGUCAAAGUGUGGGAUAUUAGAACUAACAAGAUUUCGUAUAAGAUUAAAGGACAUACGGAUACUAUUACAGGUCUGGCCCUCUCCUACGACGGUUCGUACCUGCUGUCGAACGCCAUGGACAGCACGCUCCGCAUCUGGGACGUGCGCGCCUUCGCGCCCACCGAGCGCUGCGUCAAGCUGCUGGCCGGCCACCACCACAACUUCGAGCGGAACCUACUGCGCUGCGCCUGGUCUCCCGACGGCUCUAAGGUGACAGCGGGAUCGUCGGAUCGCUUCGUGCACGUGUGGGACACGACGUCGCGGCGCGUGCUGUACAAGCUGCCCGGCCACCGCGGCGCCGUCACCGACGCGCGCUUCCACCCCCGCGAGCCCAUCGUGCUGUCCGCCAGCAGCGACAAACUACUCUACCUCGGCGAGAUCGAACCAUAGAUUAUGUUACUCUAUAUAUACUUGGUCAAGCAAAUCUUGUCAUUAGAUAAAAAGAAAAUCGGCAAAUUUUAAAAAUGGCGGCGCGAAGGGUUAUUGUCUCAUAGAAAAUUUGAAUUUCGCGCCUUUUUCUACUGACAAGAUUUGCUUGACCGAGUAACAUAUAUGUUUUGUACCAUAUGUGAAACAAAAAUAAAAUUAGAGACAGGCUAAGCCUGGGCCGUAGCCGGAAUCUAUUUUUUGUAAAAACGCCAGAGUUGAGUUUAUGAUAGGCGCAAAUGGCGCAAUACCUGUAUUAAUAUCAGUCAAUGGGAUUUCUCAAGGUAGGGCAAAGGGAUUAUGAGGUAGGGCAUUGUCCCAUAAUGCCCCCGCCUAGCUACAGCCCCCACUAACUCUGCACCGUGUUUGAUAGCACAGAGUGUGGCGGUGUUAUUAUAAUAAAAUUAAUAAACAAACGUCAAACCUCUAUGAAAUUAUGACGUUAAAAAUAGCACUUUCACACUGUGCGAUCAAAUAAGGUGCAUCAAUAAUCAAAUAAGCUUAGCCUGACUCUAGAAACGUUUUUAAUUCAAAGACAAAAUUUAGCUAAUAGGUAAUUAUUUAAGGAAAUACAAGAAGUGAUUUAAGAUA